UUCAACGGUUUCGAACGUCAAAUCUCCGAAUAGAUCUCUUUGUGUAAUUCCUAUUGUGCUUUUACAACUGACAGUUAUUAAGUUUUUCUAAGAGGAUAACGUGUGAAGUAAUCUACUUAUUGGCUGAAUACCCGUGUCGACUACUAGCAAUACUCGGGGCGGUACCUGAUAACGCGGAUCGAGCCAGGAUAAGGAUUCUGUUAGAAAAUCUUUAAAGCAGACGUCAGCCAAAAUGUGGCAAGAAAAAAAUGGCGAAAACCCCAAAGCUGCGGAGCUUCAAAUGUUAUUGAAAGACGCGGCAGACGCUUUUACAUCAAGACAAUACAAUUUAACAGUGCUUAAAUACAGAGCGGCGCUUGAUCACAUUUUGGAAAGUAAUAUAAAUAACCAGUGCGUUGAUGUCGACGCUAACAUUAUACAGUAUCUAUUGUCGAUCGCUUUGUUAAAGUCUGAUAAUCUGGAAGACUUUAUGGAGGCUAUACAGAUUCUUAACAAUUUGGAGAAAUCCAUCGGGCCCAGUUUUCCAGCUGUAUAUUAUGCACUGGGAAAAGCGUAUUGCGAGUUGUUCCGGUUUGAAUUAGCACGCGAUGUGAUCAGGAAAGGCUUUGCUUCUUUAAGCAAAGACGCAAAACUCGAAGAACAUUACAUUCCAGGAACUGACCUUAUCCUGCCCGAAACUGAAAGAAUCGAAUUAAUGAUUAAAUUAAUUAGAUUAAACGACAAGUGCUCUGGAUGGCGACAGCCGGAUGCAGUAUGUAGGUUCGAUCAAUGUUUAGAUUAUUCUAACCAUUUCGCCCCCAGUCAACAUAUAUUUUUCAGGGAUCCAGCGUUCACUGGACUAGUAGAAAUCAAUUGCAACAAUACUCUUUAUCCCUGCAUUAUAAAAUAUCAUCGAUCUUGCUGGGAACUGAAAAAAGAACAUUUGACGCCGGAUAAAAAAUUAUCCGAUGAGGAGUUUUUAGGCCACCUUUGUGUUACUCCAAACUGUAAGAACGAUAAUGGCGAGAAUAGCACAAUUAUUAAAAUAAAAAUAACAGGAAAGGAUGGAAAUAUUGAAGCUGUUUAUGAAACACCUAUUCCGGUGUCGAUACGAACGGAUCAGCAAAUUACAUCGAAAGGAGCAAUUAAAAAAAAGAGCGUGAAUAAUGACUCAAACUCGCUAUCUAAAUGUGAUCUCCAAAAUACGUCGGAAAACCAGAACGAUGCCGCUAAUAACUUAACAGAAAAUCAGAUGAAACUCCAAAAAUUGAUCGAGCUUCGAAAAAAUAAUUUUGGGAUACCCAAGGAGAACGAUUGGAGACCAGAUCAAAGGAUGUAUGGUAACAACCGAAAGUUGGAAUCGCUUAACAGAUGUAAAAGUCCAUGCUUUGAGGAUGGUAAUCCGGAGACAAGUAAUUUGAGAUCGAUGAUAUUUACUUUACUCUAUAACCACAUAAGAAUCGCUGGUUCGAUAAAGAAAGAGGAGCUGUUAAAGAUGUGGAAAGACACUAGAAGUCUGGUUGAUAAAAGCGACAGUAUUUUCGACAAUACAACGGAUAUUGCUGAAUUUUUGCUGCAAUCGCCAAGGAUCUCGUGCAUUGGCGAUUAUUUCUGCAUUCCGGAGGAGAUUCCGGAAGCGUAUAAUUCGGCAAAACGAGACAUUGUUGGUUGUCUCGAAUAUUUAACCAAAAAUCAAAUAGACCCUGGGGAAAUCGACAUACAAGACGACGAUAUCUUCAACCAAAUAAUUAGUGAUACAGGAUGUAACAAAUCUGUAAAAGUGGAGAAGAUCCAGGAAGAUGCUGCUUUCUUAUCAGAUUCACCAAGUGAAGCUUUAUGGAAGAAGUACCUAAACCUAGAAUCGGUGCAUAGCAACGUCAAUGCCUUGGAUAACAAGGAACAAAAUAAUGUUAUCUUUAGUGCAGGCAAUAGCAAUAUUAAUAAAGUUCAGGUGGAUUCCAAUCCUAAAGAAUCAGAUAGAAGAAUCUUGAUAAGAAUUGCUCCUCUGGAGAAGCUUUUGAAGGACUCUGGAGGAUUCCAAAAAAACGACGCAGGUUUUCAAAACCAAUCGAAAAUUAGUUAUAAACAGCCUAAUGUGUAUAAGAAAUUCAAGCAUCAACAACCCUUCGAUAAAUACUUGAAGUAUAAGUCAAGGAGUCGAGGUGGUUUAAAAAAAAAUAAAGUGCCGCAGGUGCUUCUUCAAGUGCCGAUCGAUGCUUUGAUGGCAAAUCUUAAGGUGAAUCCCACGAUAUCCGAAACGGAUUACAACGACCUCAAAAGGAAAUACCGCGAGUUGGAAUCGGAGAUGGAAAUUUUAAAGAAGAAAAAUAUGGAUAUGGAGAGUAAAGUGAAAGAAUUGAUGGCAGAAAAAGUGGCUAUAACGCAAUCCUUCGAACGUGAACGUAACAAUUUAAAACAGGAAAAUCUAACGCUUGCUUUCAAUUUAAAAAAAGAAGCAUCAGUCAGAUCGGAACUUGUACAAAGUGAUUUUUUAAACGUCAAAAAGAGAUGGUUCAAGCAGUUUUUAAAUACCCUGUACGUUGCCGAAGAAAACCACAUAAAUACAAAAUUGGAUCAAAGUCGGGUCACCCUGGACGCUCUAAAUAAAGUAAUGUAUUUGGUAGAAAGUAACACGCCUUAUCGUAUAAGCACGGAUAGUGAUAGGUGGCAGAAAUUGAUGGACCAUUUUCAAACGUUGUCGGCACAGCUUCAGGAAAAGUAUGCAAAAUAUUUGAGCUUCUUGGAACAGAAGCAAUUUCUAGAAGUAGUGGAAGACAUUCAUCUGGGUUUCGGCGUGAUGCCAUUGUUGCCUAACUCUCACUUACUCCAUGUUAUACAAGAAGGUUUUCACUCGUACUUCAUGCAUUAUGGAAGGGCACAGAAAGUGAACGAUAUGCAACCGUAUAUAUACCAACCGACCCAAUGUCCAUUGCCGUCUCCACAACUUCCGCUAACUUCGGAACCUCUACUAUCUUUGCAACCUCCAUUACCUCCUCAACCUCCACAUUCACCACCACCUCCACCAUUAAAAAACCCAUACAUGUCCCAGUACAAUGUAACGUGUGAAACCUCUGCACCGCAAUAUCCAGUAACGCAAGGAAUGCAGAAAAAUGGUUCUUAUCAAAUACCUCAACAAAAUCAUGCAAGAGCCACAGAAGAAGUACCUGUAACGCAGAUUCCUGUACCACAGCAAACGAUUGAAAAUGCAUCCUAUAAAGUACCUGGAAAAGCAUCUAUCCCGACAGCCAUUAAUCAAAAAGGUUCUCUGCAGAGUACAUCCAAACAAAAUGUCAACGCAACGGCAAGAAAUUCCUUGGAAAAUGAACUGAAUGGUCGCGACAAACACGUAGCCGAUAGUAGCUCGUCAAAAACUGUGCCAACAGAGAAAACGAACAACAAUAGCAAGAAAUUUCCGGACAAACAAUAUACACAUUGUGCAGAAAAUUCAAGUAGUAUCGAUGCGAAACAAAUGGAAAAGAUUGUGUUUCCAAAGGAUGCCUUGGAAGAGCAUAUCAAGGGAGUCACGUUGAAAAAGAAUGAAAAGUCUAAUCUGAAUAAAGUAAUAGCGAAGCUUCGACGGAAAUAUGUUGGCAUGGUAGAGCCGAAGCUGUUAAAGGCAGUAGACUACGUCCGUAAGAUGCAUGGAAAUUCAUUAUCUGGAUUGUAUAUAGAACAGAUUAUCAAGGAAGUGGACAUUUAUAUCCUGAAGCACCAAGAAGAACUAAAUUCCGUUCACGCAGCCCCUCAAGCUACUAGCCAGAAUGCCAACAUUAAAGAGAAAAAGACUUGGAAGCCUAUAUAUACCGACACGUGGAAAAAAGAGAGCAUUGAAACGGAAUGCAGCAUUUGCAUGGAACCCAUGAGUACUAAUUCUAGAAGUAAACGCGUAUGCACUUUGCAAUGCCAACACGCGUUUCAUACAAAGUGCAUUAAAGGGUGGUUUAAUCUGAACUCGUCGUGCCCAACUUGUCGAAAGUAUUGCACUUUAGACGAAGAAUUCCCACCAUUAUGCUAACUCUACCGACAACUCUACUAACAAAAAAAUAGCUUGGAUCCUUUUCUACGUCUACCUCUUAGAAUUAAGAAAUAGUGCAUAAACAACCAGAGCUAGUUAGCUCGAUAGUAUAAAAAACUUAGGAGUAACCGAAUUUGUAUCUCUUGUUAUAUCUUUUUUAUUUUAUUGUUACAAUCGAAGAAGAUUUUAUUAAUUACUUUUAUGGGUACUAGAACUACUUUUUCUUUUUUUCAUGACUUUAUAAGCGGCAUACAUGAGUUCUGCGAACUGAGGGUAAAGAUUCCUAGUUAUUUGAUUUGAUGUUGGAGAUUGUACAUGAAACCGAUAGUAUCAACGGGAAAAUUGAUAAAGUUCGUAAUUUUUAUACUACAUUUUCUACUUCUACUAAAAAAAAAAAGCAUACUGAAAUGUACACUUUUAACAAUCUUUGUCAGUGUGUCCCGUAUUACGAGGUAUAACUAUGAAAUACUUAAGAGGAGUAACGAAUGCGCUCCCGUGAUCGCAAUUCUUCCCGGAAACAAAAAUAGCACUUCGUAGAAGUAUGUAGAACGUAUUAGCAGGAAAAUCUUCCUCCCGAGUCUUGUGGCUCGAUGUCGUGGCGUUUCUCUUUAAAAAAUAUAUACAAGGAAAACUA